CCCAGAUCGCGUCUGAGAGAGCGAGAGGAUUUGAAAUCCGAGCAUAAAUGAUAUUCGUGCCUGAGGAGGUGCAAGGGAAAAUUUUCACUCGUCUCUUCCGGCUGGGGAGUUUGUCCGCCCAUGACGAGCAACAUAUGAAAGGUGAUUUUGUGGUGUAUUCUGUGAAUUUAUCGCACAUUGGUGACUGUGGCGGUUGCCAGGGCCCCAACGCACCCCACAUUCAUUGAGACAUAAUGGAGAAGGUGGCUGGAAGAGUGCUCAACAUGUCUGGUCAAACAGACUCAAAUGAUUACAAGGAGCGCCUCAUAGCGUCCGUGAAGCGGGAGGUGAAGCAGGUGAUGGAGGAGGCUGUGACCAGGAAAUUCAUUCACGAGGAAUCAGGAUCUGUCACCUCCCUGUGCGCCUCAGUCGAGGCGUGUCUCAGUCAAGGGCUUCGCAGACGUGCUCUGGGACUCUUCAAGACCUCAUCAACCACUGCACUCCUCCACAAAGUGGCCAAGCACUGUCCCGAGGCGGCGUUCAUCAGCAAGAGAGUGUUGGAGAUUGAGCAUGCCGAUCCCAACAAGAGAUCCUCCUCGAGUGGCGACAGCACGAGCAAACCACCGAUCCUGAAGAAGAACAGCAGCAAUUCUGUGUCCACGACUACUCCGCCAGCCGCUGCGCCCACGGUGAAGUACCUCUGGAUCCGUCUGGCGCUGUAUGACAAGAAGCUCUCUAGGAUCAUUGAUCACUUGGUCACAAAUGCUCCGCGCUACUACGAUCGCGACUCUCUGGUCGCCGAUGCUGAUUACGGGUCAAUUCUCAGCUCUCUCCUCGUAGGACCAUGCGCCCUUGAGUACUCACGCACGAAGACGGCCGAUCACUUCUGGACAGAUCCGCCAGCAGAUGAACUAGUGCAACGCCACCGCAUCAGCUCGAGUCAUCCCACGCCGCCGUCUUGUCGGCGUCCCAUUCUCAACUUCAAGAGGAGUCUGCACACCAGCUCAGAGGACGGGAGCAGCAGCUCGUUCAAGUCGACAGCUUCGGCCACUGUGGCGAAGGAUUACGUGGAGUCUCUGCACCAGAACUCCAGGGCCACGCUCUUGUAUGGGAAGAACAAUGUUCUGGUGCUUCCGAAAGACGUCAAGGACGAACCAAUGCCUGGUUAUUUGAGUCUUCACCAGACCGCAUAUUCUCUGACUAUCAAGUGGACUCCAAAUCAGCUCAUGAAUGGCUACACAGAGUCAGAAUCCGUGGACAAGAGCUCCUUCUGGGCUUAUGCUCUCAAUAUUAACGUGGACGAAAUAGUCUAUGUGCAUUGCCACCAGGCUCGCGGGACAGAUACUGGUGGGACGAUUAUUCUCGUGGGUCAAGACGGAGUUCAGCGUCCUCCGAUUCACUUCCCCGAAGGCGGUCACAUGGCGUCCUUUCUGAGUUGCCUGGAGACUGGUCUUCUGCCACAUGGCCAAUUGGAUCCGCCACUGUGGUCGCAGCGCGGCAUCGGGAAGGUUUUCCCACUGCUGAGCCGUGGUCGACGCCGGCCACUUCCAUCACUCCUCGAGGCGGCCACUUCUGGCGAGGAGACGCCCAUUGACUACGUCUUUCGCGUGGUGAACAAGAGCAACCAUGAGGAAUUUCUGGCCACUCACUCGAUCCUGGACAUUGGCAGGACCAGUCCGCGUCGUCAUCAGCUCAGCAGCUGCAGCACGAAUGAGAGCAGCGACUGCUCUAGCAAGAGUAUGUCCAUUGAUUCAGCCAAUCCGGCCCCAGAUGCCAUGCCGGAGGGAAAGAGCCAAUCUGCCAGCAUUGCUCUCGUGUGCUCCACAAUGAGGCGUCAGAUCAUCUCGCGGGCUUUCUACGGUUGGCUGGCUUACUGCCGUCAUCUCUCCACUGUCAGGACUCACUUGUCAGGACUGGUGAAUGGAAGAAUCACGCCAGAUGUCGGGACUGAAGAGGGUCUGACCAAGACCGUCUGGGAAGAGAUGAAUGCUGAAGGCGUGGUUUCAGAUGAUACAGAAGUCUACCGUCUGGUGUACUUUGGCGGUGUGGAGCAGAGCAUCCGGAAGGAAGUGUGGCCUUAUCUUCUGGGACACUACUCCUUCGGCUCCACUGUUGAGGAGCGAGCAGAACUUGACCAAUCCACACAUAAUUACUAUGAGACCACCAUGAGUGAGUGGCUUGCCGUGGAGGCGAUUGUGCGGCAGAGGGACAAGGAGAAGACGGCUCACGCUGUGGCUAAGCUGAGCUCAGAGAGUGGCAGCGGGGACAAGACAAAAGGCGUGCACCUAGAUGGUGAGAUGGAGAAUGAUGUCUUCGAGGAGAAUGUCUACUCAGAUAUCUCCGACGUUGAGGGCUUUGAUGACAAUGAUGCCAAGGAUCUGCCGAUGGAUCCCAAGAAUCCGGAAGACGCUGGGGAGGACAAGAAGGCCAUGACUCUUGAAGUGGGUGCGGAAAGUACAGGAGGAAGUAACAAGAGCUCCCCAACUGCCUCGUCUUACGAGACUGUUGGGGCAGAAUUCAUCGAAUUCGCCGAUCCGAUGUGCAAAAUGCCAAGUCCGAGUGAUGACAGGGAGGAAGAGGACAAAGAUGAGGACACAGUAUGCGGAGAGACUGCUCAUGUGAUAGUGACCAAUGCCUCGAUCGAUGUGGUGAAUCUGGGGGAAAGUGUGCCGGAAAAAGAAAAAGCUGCUGAUCAAAUGUCUCCUGUUCAGGAGACGCACCAGGAAGAGAUUGGUCAGAACUCUCUGGAUGCCCUUCAGGAGCCAAAGUCAGCUUGUGUCUCUCCGGCGAGCUCCAAUGGAGGAAUCUACAGCAGUGAACUUUUGGAGCUCUUCGGCUUGAAUCUGCAUAGAAUUGAAAAAGAUGUGAACAGAUGUGAUCGGAAUUACUAUUUCUUCGCCAAUGAUAAUAUUGGGAAUCUCGAUAAACUGCGGAAUGUAAUUUGCACGUACGUUUGGGAGCACUUGGAUGUGGGAUACAUGCAGGGCAUGUGCGACCUUUUGGCCCCAAUCCUGGUCAUCCUGGAUGACGAAUCUCUGAGCUACGGCUGCUUCUGUCGCCUCAUGGAGCGAAUGAUUGAGAACUUUCCCAACGGUGACGCCAUGGACAUGCAUUUCGCAAACAUGAGGUCCCUCAUUCAGAUUCUCGACUCCGAAAUGUACGAUUUAAUGCAUGCUCACGGCGACUACACUCACUUCUACUUCUGCUAUCGCUGGUUUCUGCUGGACUUUAAGCGAGAACUCGUGUACGCGGACGUUUUUGCCACUUGGGAGGUGAUUUGGGCGGCCAAACAUGUGGCAUCGAGUCACUUUGUGCUCUUCCUCGCUCUCGCCCUCCUGGAAACCUACAGAGACAUCAUCAUCGUGAACAGCAUGGAUUUUACGGAUGUCAUUAAGUUCUUUAACGAAAUGGCCGAGAGACACAAUGCCAAUGAGGUGCUGAAGCUCGCAAGGAGUUUAGUGCUUCAACUGCAGACCAUCAUUGAAAAUUAAAUUCUUCACCCACACCUUGAAGGUCCUGGACAAGUCUUCUUUCUAGUGUUUGUACAUAGCGAAGGGAGGGAAAUUGAUUAAUAUCUCUAAAUGUCACUGUUACCUCUAUAAAAAUUUUACAAUGAAUCGCUUUUAUAAGUUUUCCACAGUGAAGACGAAGAGCAUCGUCAGAGAUUUCAACCAAAGGGAUAAAACUUCAUUGACAUGCUUUGUGUAAAACCCAAUUUUUGUGAAUUGACAAGAGGAAAAAUAGCAUAAGAUAAUCUAUUGAAUAUAUUUAUGUUGCUGUUACAAAAAGGAUGCCAUUUUAAAAGAAAGAGUCUAUUUAUAGUGGAAUUGUUGAGCACAGAAUUAUUUUUUUAUCCUUAGGAAUACAAUCUGUGUUUAAAUUAAAAGUAUAACUUAAAUUGUGCAUCAUAAACUGUGUUGAAGUCUACCAAUGAUCAUAGCGAUUAGCCACUGAAUUGAUAUGCGCCAAUUUGUGUAAGAUGACAAUUGCGGAGAGUGUAGAAGAAAUCCAACCAAACAGGGCUAGAAAAAACUAUUUUCAUAUCACAACAAAAUGUGAGGCAUGGAAUCAAUUUGGAAAAGACGUGAACAGAAGUAUAUUAAAUGUUAUAUAUAAAAAAGGUAUAAAAUCUACUAGUAUUCCAAAAUAUUGAAUCUAUCUUUAAUAGGUGUUUAGUACAAAAAAUUGGAAUGAAAUAUACAAAAAAAAUUAUGUAAAACUGAAUGGAUAAAUAAUGAAAAAAUACCCUAUUUAGAGAAAAAAAAUAAUCUAUCGAGAGAAGAACUGUGACAAGAGAUCGCGAGGAGGAAUUCUGUGAGGAAAAGAAAUCUUUGUGAGUCGAAAUCAAUUUUGUGCAUCAACUGAAGACAAUGAUUAUAUUUGGGAAUAAAUAUCUUGGAAAA